UCAGGAAAUCAUGAACGUGCUUGGAAUGAUCCACCAAAAUUUGCUUUCAAUGCUAGUACUGCUGGCACAUCAGGAAGCUUAGGUGGCAGGCGCCGUUUGUUGAAUAAGAGAGUUCCUGUACCAAUUGGCCCAGCAGGCAAUGCUACUCCACCCCUUCCUGUUUUGAAACCAAGUGACAUCCCACCCACCACAGGAAGUGCUCCAGCUAGGCCACCUACAGUUGCUGCUCCAACAGCUCAGCCACGUGUUAACAGUCUUCAUGACACUAAAACUAAAACUUUGGUGGACACACUAACAAAGGAAGUAGACAUUGGCAAAAGUCCUGAGGAAAUUCUAGGGCAAGUGGAGUUAGCACUGAAUAAUUCUCUUCAGAACAUUUCUGUUGAACUGAAGCAUAAUAUUCGGGAUGAAAUCAGCAAGCGAAUUCAUAUGAUGAGAAUGAUGUGGCUUGAUGGUAAACUCAACGUAGUGGUUCAGAAGCGGAUGCUGUCCCUUGCUGAAGCAAAAUUUUACCCCGGGUUUCAUACCUCCACUCAGAAAUUGUCCAUAUCAGAUGCGUCCGCCCACCCAGGAUAUGCCGCUCACACAUACGUGACAGUCUGCCUCUGUCACUUGUUGACGCUAAACCAACAGGAAUAUGAAACUGCUUGGAGUUUGCAUCAGGGUCUCAUUGUAGAUUACACAAGUCUAUGUACUCCUUGGAUGGUUGGUAUCAAGACAUUAAUAUCUGAGUGCCGUAACCAAUCAAACUGUAAAACAAAAAGUGUGUUAAAUAGUACUGUACUAAAUAAAAAUGAUGAAAAGUUCAAGAAAAAUAAAUGUGAACUAGAAGUAAAUUCUGAAAUGGCUAUUAGAGACAUAUCAAUCAGUGAGGAAGAAAGUAGUGUAGAGAGAAAGUGUGAGGAUGGUGCCAUUACAUGUCACAGUGUAUCCGACUGUAGUAACAAUACUCAAAACACCUGAGAAAAAUAAUUGGGAUAUUGGAUUAGAUCAGUGAUGUUUUGAGGUGGGUCUUACUGUGGCAUACUUUCAUGGAGAAUCCAAGUUAAAUGUUUGUUUCAAUACCUUUGGCUACUCUGUUUCACUUGUUUUGUGUGUUGUACAUACAUGGAGAGUGCCUCUUCCUUUAACUCUGUGUACAUAUUACAAUACACUACAUAUUUAUCAUUACAGAUUGCUGUUUUAUCUUGGCAUAUCUUUUGUAGGCCAUUUUAAUGGGUGCAGUUUUUUUAUAACUUUAAAAAAAAGUUUUAUUUUUUAAAUUUUAAUGUUUCAUUGCUUGUCCCUAAAGAUAUAGGGACAAGUAAUAAAAUUGAUACCUUAGGUCAGAGGGUCCAAAAUUUUGAGAGUAUGAAGUCUUUUAAGCUUCCAAAUAUUCAGCAGACUUCCAUAUGUUAAAUCCUUAUUCCUGUUAUUAUAGUCACACACAGUUAAUGCUAUAGUAUGAAAAAAUACCAUACUAUUUACUUAAUGGUUUUCCACCUGUAUGUGCAUUGAAAAAAAAAAAAUAUUUUA